UUACAUGUCGCCAUUUCAAACCUUUUCCCCUGCCAUCUCCUAAUACUGCUUUAAUUCAACCAAACUUAAUUAAUCCACACUCACCCUUAUAUAAACCCUCUCUUAACUGUUAAUCCAUCACUUCGAUCGCCACUCUUUUUUCUCUCUCAAAAUCAUGAACAACCCAACAAAAAUCUUCUGUUUUCUUCUUCUCGUUUGUUUUCUUCCUAUUUUAGCUUCGGCAGACUGUGCAUGCGACCAUGAAGAAGCUACACAGGCUGAUGAUAAAUCCAAAACCCUAGUAUUUAAACUAGUGGCGAUUUGUUCUAUACUGAUAGCGGGUGCCUUGGGUGUCACUCUACCAAUUUUCGGCAAGAAAAUCCCGGCUUUGAACCCAGAAAACAACGUGUUUUUUCUGAUCAAAGCGUUCGCAGCCGGUGUAAUUCUGGCUACUGGGUUCGUUCAUAUACUGCCGGAUGCAUUCGAGAGCUUGACGAGCCCUUGUUUGAAGGAGAAGCCGUGGGGUGAGUUUCCGUUUUCGGGCUUCGUGGCGAUGGUUUCGGCUGUUAUUACGAUGAUGAUCGAUACAUUUGCGACGGGUUACUUUAAAAGAUCGCAUUUUAAUAAGGCUUUGCCGAUAAGUGAAGAGAAACAUGAAGGCCAUGUUCAUGUUCAUACUCAUGCGUCUCAUGGUCAUUCUCAUGGCUCUGCUGCUUUGGCAUCGAAUGGCGAUGAUGAAUCUGCUGGGAUUUUCAGGCAUCGGAUUGUAUCUCAGGUGUUGGAAUUGGGAAUCGUAGUCCAUUCGGUAAUAAUUGGGAUAUCUCUGGGAGCAUCUCAAAAUAUAGACGCAAUAAAGCCACUAAUAGCUGCAUUAACAUUUCAUCAGUUUUUUGAAGGCUUGGGUCUUGGUGGCUGUAUUUCUCAGGCAAAAUUCAAGUCAAGAGCAAUAGCAGGAAUGGUGUUAUUUUUCUCAUUAACAACACCAAUAGGCAUAGCAGUUGGCAUAGGAAUAUCACACAGUUACAAUGACAAUGCCCAGACAAGUCUGAUUGUGGAAGGAGUAUUCAACUCUGCUUCAGCUGGGAUCCUUAUAUAUAUGGCCCUUGUUGAUUUACUUGCUGAAGAUUUCAUGAACCCUAAAUUGCAAAGCAAUUUGAGGUUGCAGCUGGGUGCUCAUCUAUCACUUCUUCUGGGCAUUGGCUGUAUGUCUUUGCUGGCCAAAUGGGCUUAGCAAAUCACACUUGUUCCGGUGGAGUUCGAACUCGAGAUUUUUAAAUACUGUUGCUUCUUGUUAACAUCUCAGCUCAAUAUUUUCAUCUUAAAUUUGCAUGGGAAAAGAAAAUUUGCUGAAGUGUACGUCACUGAACGAGUGACAUGUCAGCACCGUGUAUGAAUUUGAGAAAAAAAUGAAAGUUAGUGUAUUUUUACGAGAA